GUUGUUUGUCGCAAGAUGACCGACUUUGGAAUUACAGCGCCCGAGGUUGAGCUCGUGCUCCGAAGGGCCCUGCAGAGGGACCUGAGCCUGCUGUACUUCAAUCUGAACACCUUCUCAGACAAGGUGGGCUUCAUGGGCGACCACAACAUGCUCACGGUCCACUACUGCGAUGCGAACGGAUCUGGCGAGUACUCGUUCUUCCUCAAACUCUUCCCGAAAAACGAGCGCUACAAGAGUAUUGUGCAAAACUUCGGACUGUUCACCAAGGAGAAAGAAAUGUACGAGAAACUGCUACCAUUGAUGGCGAAAAGUCUUGGCCGGCGGAUGCCAGCGGCCGAUUGCUACCUUAUUCGCGAUGACGGCUGCGUGGUAUUGGAAGAUUUGAGCAGAAUGGGCUAUAAAUUGUGGGACAAGUACGCGUUUCUCGGGCGCCGACAAGCAGAGGCGGCCCUCAAGGCGGUGGCCGCGCUGCACGCCGGCUCGUUGGCCGUGGAGGUCAGCAGCGGCGCGCUGAUGCCCCGCCACGCGGACCACUGUUACGAGGCCCUAAUUGCUGAUAGCUCGUCAGAUAACAUUGUCGUCCGCCAGUGGCACUUUUCCAGCUUGAAAACGUGCUGCUCGCUGCUGCAGAAAAUGCAGUGCUACAAAUCACGCGUGGCGGGUGCCACCGACUGGGACUCAGUAUUUGAAAAUCUGCACGGCGCAUGGGACCACUCGGCCUUCGUCACGCAGGGAUUCUCGGCCAAAUACAGAAACGUCCUAUCGCACGGUGACCUCUGGGUAAAUAACGUGCUCUUCAAGGACGAGCUCGACCGCGUGGAAGCGGUGCUGGUUGAUUUCCAAACUUAUCGGUACGCGCCUCCCAUUCUUGAUCUGCUCAUGCUGUUGCACUGCACCACUUCGAGAGAAUUCAGGGCCCAGCACCAAGAGGAGCUCAUCGAACUUUACUUCCGGGAGCUUGAAAAUUUCCUUCGUGCAGCUGGCAUUGAAAAUCCGAUCGAUCUUAAGCAACUGCAAGAAAGUGCAAAAGAAUUCGAUCAUGUCGCUGCAGUCCUGGCAGCGAGGCAUAUUCCGACCAUAUUGAAGCAAGGACUAACUGAUACGACACAGCUCUCUAAAAAUUAUACUGCAGAAACUGCGACCAAAGAGUCCGCCUUUGACCAGUCGGAUCUUCUCUUGGGCAUUUUUGGCGGCAGCGAACUAGGAAAACGAUUUGAAGAACGGAUGAAAAACACUUUAGACAGUCUCAUUGAAAUUCUUGGUCUUAAUGGCUUUUUUGAGAAAACAUUCAGAUUUCAAAUUUACACAAGGACAAAUUUGCUGCGACAUUGUAGACGCCUAUUAAAAAAGUCCAUAAAUCUGUUUCGCAAUCAGUUCAAAUAUAGUAUAUGGCAAGCAAAUAAAAUCAAAGUCGCUGAUAGCGAGAAUUGUUUCGCACAGUAUACUUGUUUGGCUCCACUUGUGAAAAUGGCCUCACCAAGAGAGCAAGUUUUGAGUGUCGGCGAGGUGCAAACAGCCCUGAAGAAAGCGGUCGGUCCAAAUGCUUCCAUGAGAAGCUACACUGUUAAACUAUUAGGAGCUGGCAAACUUGGUCACAUGGGCGAACACGGCCUCAUACAGGUAGAGUACCAAGAGAGCCGAAUCACAUAUCAGGCUACAAACAGGACUAGUUUCUUCAUUAAACGAGUUCCAGACCGCAAAACCUUCAAGGACUUCAUCAUCAAUUUCGGUUUGUUCGCCAAAGAACGCGAAAUUUACGAGAAGCUACUGCCGAUGAUGUGCAAAUCGCUGAAAAUAUCAAGAAUGCCCGCACCAGAAUGCUACGUGAUUUGCGACGAGAAGUACCUGGUGCUGGAGGACCUGAAUAGGGCAGGGUACAAACUUAAGGACAAGAACGAUUGCCUUGAUCUAGCCUACUGCAAGGCCGUUUUUGAAGCUGUGGCCCUACUGCACGCAGGUAGCAUUGCGAUUGAAGCCAAAACGGGAAAAAUGAUGGCUUUCCACAUGAAGUACAACCAUGAAAUCGUAAUCGUCAAGGAAAAUAGAGCACCACUGGAUAUUUCGGCUUAUUGGAAUGCGGCCAGCUUGGUUACAACCUUUGGUUUGCUGACAAAAAUGGAUGAAUUUAAGGAGAGGCUUGCUGAUAUAGACAAAGAAAAAUUGCUGAAAAGGCUGAGAAAAAUUUGGGACGAGAUCACUGAAAUUGCGGCCGGGUUUUCAGCGAAAUUCACAAACGUUGUAUCCCAUGGAGACCUUUGGAUCAAUAACAUAAUGUUUAAAAAUGAUGAUAAUAAUAAGACCGUGAAGGCCAUUCUUGUCGAUUUUCAAACGUACAGAUAUGCGCCGCCAGUUUUGGACCUUCUCAGUUUUCUGCAUUUCACCACGAGCAGGAAAUUCCGCUGGAACCAUCAGUCAGAGCUUUUAAAAUUUUAUCACUCGACGCUAGUGAAAAUUUUACUUAAAGCCAACGUCAACGCCGAUCUGGCCCCAAGUUUGGAGGAACUGGAAAAAUCUGCGUAUGAUCUUCGGGUUCUUGGAAUUGGACUUGCAGUCAGGUAUUUACCGACCGUGCUGAAGCAAGAAGUGACACCGGAGCACCAGCACCAAAUGAGCGCUGCCGAAAAAGACGGAAUGCCCCAAGAAUUCAUCAGGGACAGCACAGAUUUAAUUAUCAGAUCUUUCGCCCGCUCGCCGGUGAUGAGAAGCAGAGUUUUGGAGGCAAUGGAAGAGCUCGUUGAUUUUCUCGAGCUGUAGCACUCGUAACUUUUAAUUGCUUAGCGAGCGUAAAACAGGUGUAAAAGCAAUAUUCUAUAGAGAGCCGAGAAAAUGACGAGUUUUAGCGCGCGCUGAGAUUUGCAACAAUGAAACUUUAUGAGUUCCGCGACAGUUCAAGGAGAUUUCGUCUCACUUUUCGCGCUGGAAAACAUUUCUGUAAUUCAAUUAGAAUUGCUUCUCGCCGCCAUCUGGUCUUAUGUAAAAGAGAAAAGAUCUCGUGACGUGCUAAACAUUUUGCCAGCGCCUGCCACAUUAACAAAAGCACGAGACGUACGUUCUCCCCUUUCAUUAUUAUUAAAAUUUAACGUGUGUGUAAAAAUUCGCUCAUAAAAAAGGAGCGGGCGAGGGUUCAGUCACAUCUAAUAAUAAAACAGAGAUUGCAAUCUUUUUUGAUCCUUUGGCACAGCUCGGGUUUCAAAAUCAGCCAGCAGAGAGAUGAUGUAAAAACCCCGACGCUGCCCGGUUGUCAACUGUGGUCCUUGGAUUUCCACGUCACCCUGACAUGCGAUCGCUCGCUUUUCCUCGCUAAUUUUCUGUUCGCCUUUGAGAGAAACCGUUUCAACGUCGCUGAGCACGAGGAUGAAUCAUUCAAUUAAUAACACCUGCAUAGCACGACUUGAAUUUUGGCUCAAAACCGUAUCAGAGGUACCUUAUUUCUUCAGAAAAAAUUAGCUUUGAACAAAGCUACGUGCUUUUUUUUCUCAGCAACAAAUAUAAAGUGGUAUACUAAAAUUCGUUAUUCUUGCUUUACAAAUAAAAUUCAGUUUCAAAUCUUUUUUUAACUGUGAUGUAUUAUAGAAAACAUAUUUAUUUAUACAAAUUAUUCUACCCUAUCUCUUUGAUAUUUUAUUUUAUUAUCAUCAAACAGCCUGCAAAUUUUGGAGUCCAGAAGCAAAAAAUACAGAUUAAGCAACGAAAAGGUAAUUUUAAAGACAUUUAAAAAUAAAAAAUCCAGUCAACAAACGAACUAAGUAAAAUGCAGCACCAUAAAGAAGGACCUGUCGAAAUCAGCAGCAGGAGCGCUUAUUAAAACAGUGCUGAGUCUCAAAUCAAGCAGUGUCCAUGUAAAUUAAUGCAAACCCCGCGCCGAUUUAAUGAAUAAUUUAGCUUGGCGAAUGGAAAUAAUUACAGAGGGAGAUUGGGACAGUGGCUCGGCGAUAUUCAAAAGAGUAGAAUCGAAGCGAUGGCCAAAAAAGCUGAGCGCGCCGGCCGGCAGACAGGUUUUAAUCCUGCGGACGCUGCUUGAAUUGCUUAGUGGCUCGGGUUUCGCCGCCGCUGCCGCUGCUGCCACUCUUUCAAAUGAUUUGCUCCGACCACUGUGCCGUGCGUUAUUAUCGUCGUUGUCGACGUCGUGCACAGCACACACGUGCAAAAUUACGAGUCAUAUUUCACUGCUCCAUCACAGCCGAAUGCCUCUGCAGUAACAGCGCGCGGAUGCUGCUGGUCCUGAGAGAUCGCAUAUGCAUGAAUAUCUGCACGGAGGCCCGACCGCGUGCGCCGGCGGUGAUGGAUUUGAAUUCGACACUCGUCUCGAUCGACUAGACUUUCUGACUGAUUGCAGCUCCUGUCAGUCGGCCUUUCUUGACAAGAUGAGGCACGUUUAAUAAUGUACCAAAAUUUUGACUCUCCUAAUCAUUAUCUUGUCGUUGUGGCAAAAAUUUGUGUGAUUUCUUCCAUAUGUAUAGGCUCUAAAUCCCAAUUUUGAGUUUAUGUAAGUUUUCUAACAGUGGCAACCGCAUAAAUAAAUGUAAUAAAUAUUAA